CUUCGAAAGAAUUAUGCCAUCGGCGGGACAGUCUCUCAAGUGUGAGUGCGUAAAACGGAAGCGUCUUCAGAACGUAUCACUUUUAUAUAUACACGGAAACAACUGGAUGUUUUACUUAAAAUGCUUUAUUUAAAAAAAUAGUUGUGUUUGAAAGGAAGUUUUAGAUUUCUACACGAGGUUGAAGUUUGAAUGAUAGUCGCUGGAAUUCCAUGAUGAUCUUCGAUCUGACGUUCAUGAAAUGUUCGGUGGUGGUGUUCUUGCUGUGCUCAGGGCUGGCCUGCUGUGGGGCGGAGCUCAGGGGCGUGUUGGCGGCCCAGUGGUCCGGCGAUGACAGGAACCGAACGCAGCGACACAAAACCUGUGUGGAGAACCAGCAGUACCGCCAUCAGGACCUCUGCUGCCUCAACUGCCAGGCCGGUACGUUCGUGGGCGGGGCGUGUGACCGGGACAUGGAGCAGGGGAGAUGCUUGCCCUGUGAUCACGGCCACACCUACACAGAACACUCCAACGGGAUGAACCACUGCCUGCCCUGCACGCACUGCCGCAAGGAUCAGAGCAAGACGGUACCUUGUACCAGUACCACAGACACCCAGUGCCAGUGUCGUGCGGGCACCUUCUGUGUGCCAGAGCAGGCCUGUGAGGUCUGCAAGAGAUGUGCCAAGUGUAAAGUGGGGGAGGGGGAGGUGAAGAAAUGCACCCCCAUUUCCAACACUUUGUGUAGGAAACUGGACGUCUCACCUACCCUCCACCUUCCUACCCUCCCCACCCCCACCCCUGCCCCCAGCUCACCAAGGACCAUAGCUACGCCAUUGGUAAUUCUGCUCCUGCUCUUCCUCCUCUCCAUUGGGAUUGGUGUGUGGCUUUGGAUCAAGAAGCCAUGUACAUUUCAGCCAGUUUGUCUUUCAGGUUCAGACAGUCGCUGUGACUCCAAUGAGAUCGUGAAGAUUCCCAUCGAUGAGAGUGGACCCACAGCAGAGGAGAGACAAAACAGCCAGAACGCUGGCCUGGAGGAGGAAGAGGCAGAGGAGGUCCGUCCCGAGUCACGUCCCUUGCUGCAGGAGACCCAGGGUAGGCUGAUCAAGGCCUCCCCUCCCCUGAGCCUGGGGGAGGACGAGGACCGUGGCCUGGGAGACAGCCUGCCCAACACCACCAGCUCCUCCCAGACAAGUUUGUCGGCCUUGCCCACCGCCGGGGCAGCCUCGUCGAGCAGCUCUCCCCGACACAGCCCCUCCACCCAGAGACUGCAGCCCACAGCCGGGGAUGAUCCUCUACAGAAGAGAUUGGUGCCCCUGCAAGGAGAUGAGACAUCCCUGAAGAAGAGCUUCGACCUCUUCGACGAGUGCCUGGAUGUGCGGAUCCACAACAAGUUCUUCCGCUACAUUGGUGUCAAUGACAACCACAUCAAGAUGGCAGAGAGAGCCCUUCCUGGCGACAAGGUGUACGACCUGUUGAAGAACUGGAUGCAGAAGGAGGGUCUGAAAGCAGACAUCAAUGCACUGCUCCAGGCCCUUCUCAGCCUGGACCAGAGGCGCUCCGCUGAGAGCAUCGCCUUAGCUGCCAUCAAGAGGGGCUACUACAAACAUGCAGACACGCCUUGACACCCCCAGCCCACUGGGGGCGCUGCCUUGGAGACGCGUGUGGAUUGCGAUUAAAUUAAAAACAUUGUUGAAAGACAACGUCAACUCUUAUUGGCCUAAAUGGUCUGAUGUAUUCGGCCUUCAGGCCAGUGCUUUCUUAUAAAAUGGAGGAGUUGGAGAUGGACAUUGUUGUCUUUUGAAGAUCAGACAAAAUGGUUUGGUGUAUUCGGGCCUAUAGACCAGUACUCUCUAAUGCAGGGUUUAGAGAUGGACGUUGUUGUCUUGCAAGAAGACAUCAACUGUAAUCGGCUAAUAUGGCCUGGUGUAUUCGGUCUUGAUAGGCCAACACUUUCUAAAACUAAAUGGAGGAGUUGGAGAUGGAUGUUGAGGUUAUUUUAAGAGAUGGCCUCAACACAAGUUAGCGGUCAUUGUGGUCAGAUGUAAGCUGAGGUGAUUGGGUGGGUCUGAAGCUCACCUUCAAUGAUUUUAUACCCUGCCCCUUCUCUCUGAGACUGACAUGGCUUAUAGGCCAAUACUGACCCCUGGGACAGGGACAUACACUGGUUUGUAGGAGUGGCAUUAGCUAGAUUUUGGCACUGAUACUGCGUCUUCUUGAUGCACUGGCCUCUGUCACAUGAAGGGUUUAGAGCAACAGUUAACAAAUGCCCAUAUUAGGAGGAAGUUUAAACUACAGGUAAAGAGACCAUUUAAGCACAACGCUGUAAAAAGAAUUACAGUAAAAUAUGGAACAUGGUUGACAAUGCAGAUUGAUAUGAGUCAUAACCGUAUUAGAAGUUUUAAUGCAGAUUGAUAUGAGUCAUAACCGUAUUAGAAGUUUUAACGACAGUUAUAAAUGGUCCAUUUGAAUAUUUACAUGUGUGUGUAAAUAUGUCUCAUACUUGUUACUGUUUACAAAUUCCAGAAUUUGUUUAUGAAUUGAAAUGUGCCAUAGGCUCAUUUAAAGUGAAUAAGUGCAGGUAAGGGCAAGGAAGUUGUUUUUUUUAUAAAUGCAGAAGUGACUAAACUGAAUGUUUUAUAGACCGCAUUGUUAGUUGUUUUGUUUUUCAGUGUUAAUGCAUUCUCACCCCACUGGGCACAGACGUCAAUUCAACGUCUAUUCCACUUUGGUUCCAAGUGAUUUCAUUGAAAUGACGUGGAAACAAUGUUGAUUCAACCAGUGGGUCCCGUGGGACACUUGUUGGAAGUUAUUUCCAUAGCUAUUUCUUUUGUUAGUCAAAUGUUUCUAAACAGUUCCUACAAACACUCAGAGCCCUCAAGGUUCCAUCAUUUUUUAUUUAUUGACAUUCAUUGACAUAUUUAUUUUAAACGGAUGGUGAUUAUGUGUCAUUAUUUAUGCCAUUCCGAACAAAGCAGCCCUGGAAAACUAAAGAGCACAGUAAUGUGUUACUACAUUAUCAAGACUACAUUUAGCUACAGGGCAUCAUGACUGAGAUCAAAUAGACAGGAGUGGCUGAACUGCGUUUGGGGUUAACCCUUUCCUGCUUGAUGCCGGAGCACUGAUCAAAGACUGUUCAGUGCACAUACGGUCAAAGAAGUUCAUAGUUCCAAAUGCCAUUUCUGCACAUAGAGUUUCUUAUUCAACCAAGGUGGUCAUGAUAAUGUCCGUUUUGUGUUAGGGCUCUUGUAGUGAUUGUUAACACAAUGUUUUUAAUCUAUUUGUGGGCUAUUGUGAGCCUUUCUCUCUGUGGUAGAGGGCAGACUUUUCAAGCCUGAACUAAUAUGCCUGAUUCACACUAGGUGCGACCCAAAUUGUACUUUUCACAUUGUCCAGUACAGCUCUGCUUGGUUUGGCUCGGUAGUGUGAAAAGGCUACUAAUGUAUUGAUACAAAGUUGGACCCCUUUAUACAUGUCAACAAACAUGUAUAUACAGGUACGCAAAUCACAUUGCUUCUCAUUGUUUGGCUCUGACAAGAAGAUUAAUGAAAGCUUUUCAGGAUAGUUAAUCCACGUUUAUUUCCUGUAGCGUCCUUUGUACAAACAUUUGUAAGAGUGUAUUUAUGUGCUUCACAAAAUAUAUAUGUACAUACAUACAGUUAUUAACAAAAAAUACAAACCUAAAAGCAGAAGGAACUGAAUGAAGUGUGAAGUAAAUGGUGUAGAAUAGACUUAGUGAGGCCAUAAGUGGUGAAUCGACCUCAGUACUAACUAUGUUAGACACAUUAAACUUGGUUUAGCCCCUUUUUCCCUGUAGUCUAGUGGUUACACUUGUGUAAAAAGGAAAUCAUUCUAUUUUAUAGCUGAGAUAUGAAGCUACAGUGCUGGCACUGCCAUCUAUUGACAGACAAUGAAAAACCAGCCUGCAUCAAUUUCUAGGGACCUUAUUUUUUUCUUCAUAAUGCUUUUCUACAACCUUUUUUAACACAUCCCUACUGUUACAAUAUGACCUUUGAGACUGCUUUUGGCUUUUUUUAUCAAGUCUUAGGAGUUAGGGUUAUGAAUUGAUGUUCACAUCAUGUUUGUGCUCUGGCAAUUGAUUUGAGAAUAGUUGUUUUUUUCUCUUUGUACUUCUUCAUAUUUUACUACAAGCCUCACACUUUUCUGUUUAUUUGUUGCAUAGCUUAAAAACGUGUUUAUACUGCCCAUGUAAAUGUUUUAUGAACAAAAAAAACUCUUUAAGUAAUUUUCUCCCUUAGACAAUUGUUUGCUUGUGUCUGGAUUUCAGAUACGAAUGUAGUAAAGCCAUUGUAUGUUUAAUGUCAAUUUUAAAUAAAUGGUUUGUACAAAUA